CCCUGUGCCCUGCGGGCGGGUCGGGAACAUCCAGUGCAGUUUUGGCUGCUGUGGUAAUUGCUUUUCCAAAGAUUGAAGAACUGCAAAUACCGGGCAUUUCACUGCAUCGUCUUCACUGCACCGGGCAAGGGAUAGGGGCUGCACUGCUGGAACUGGCACUGAAUACACUGCAGUACUUGGUCCUGAUUCACUGCCACCUGGGGCUGACUGUGGCACCUUGGCACCCUGCACCCCCAUAGUGGAGCCUUAGGAUGCUAUUUCUCGGCUUCUUGUGCCUCCUGACUGCACCAGUUGGAUCCUCUGACCCAGCAGAUGAAGUUGUAAUUCCACAGUUAAUAUGGUCUGGGCCGAUCUCUCUGCCACUGGGAGGAGAUGAGUCAAUCUUCACUAACAUCCGAAGGCCACGCUCAAUUCCCAGAGACACAGCAGCCCAUCCGGAUAAUAUGUACAUCCAUCUGCCUGCACUUGGCAGGGACCUUCAUUUGCACCUGCAGAGGGUCCAUGAUUUCCUGGCCUCGGGCUUUGUAGUGGAGGAAAGGACAGAACUCGGAGACAAAAUCCAAACCCAAAUUCCAGAGGAUGAGCUUUGUUUCUAUGUUGGAGAAGUUCUAAACCACAACAAGUCUUUUGCAUCGGUCAGCACGUGUUCAGGACUGACUGGAUUCAUUAAUCUAGGAGAAGAGCAGCUGACGAUACAACCGAGCAACACAGCGGUAGACCCCAGCGCUCACUUCUCUGGAAGAGAACAUAUAAUAAGACACAAGCGUCAGGCAGAAGGGACCUCUUCUUUACAGCCUGAGACGUCCCAUAGGAACUGCCAAGUUAUAUCAGGAAAAAGAAAGAAGCCAAAUAAGAGUGGAGAAGGAGGUGAUUGGCGAGAGCGGAGGAACGCAAUUAGACUUGCUGAUGGGCACACUGUAGAGACCCUGGUGGUGGCCGAUGCUGACAUGGUGCAAUAUCAUGGACCUGAGGCUGCACAGAGAUUUAUUCUUACUGUCAUGAACAUGGUCUACAAUAUGUUCCAACACCAGAGCCUUGGAAUUAAAGUUGUCAUCCGUGUCACCAAGCUGGUUUUACUUCACAGCCGACCGACCAAGCUUUCUAUAGGGCAUCAUGGAGAAAGGUCUUUGGAGAGUUUUUGCCACUGGCAAAAUGAAGAGUACGGAGGACCUAAGUACUUGGGAAACAAUUAUGUGCCAGGAGCCAAAGAUGAUGUGCCUGUUGAUGUAGCUGUGUUUGUGACCAGAACUGAUUUUUGUGUCCAUAAGGAUGAACCCUGUGAUACUGUAGGAAUUGCCUACCUCGGAGGAGCAUGCAGCCCUAAACGGAAGUGUGUCCUGGCAGAAGACAAUGGCCUCAACCUGGCUUUUACUAUAGCACAUGAGCUUGGUCACAACAUGGGUAUGAGUCAUGACGAUGACCAGCCAUCUUGUGCUGGUCGUUCACACAUAAUGUCUGGAGAGUGGGUUAAAGGUCGGAGCCCAAGUGAUCUCUCAUGGUCAACCUGCAGUCGUGAGGAGCUGGAGAACUUCCUGAAGUCCAAAGUGAGCUCAUGUCUGCUAGUGACAGACCCUCGCAGUCAUCAUGCCGUCAGGCUUCCCCAUAAGCUGCCUGGGAUGCAUUACAGUGCCAGCGAGCAGUGCCAGAUCCUGUUUGGCAGCAACGCCACCUUCUGCAAAAACAUGGAGCAUCUGAUGUGUGCUGGUCUGUGGUGUCUGGUAGAAGGAGAUGUUUCUUGCAAAACCAAACUGGACCCACCACUGGAUGGGACUGAAUGUGGAGCAGAUAAGUGGUGCAGAGCUGGGGAGUGUGUGAGCAAGACCCCGAUCCCUCAGCAUGUAGAUGGAGACUGGAGUGCAUGGAGCCCCUGGAGCAUGUGCAGCCGCACUUGUGGAACUGGAGCAAGAUUCCGGCAGAGAAAAUGUGACAACCCACCUCCUGGACUUGGUGGUCAGAGCUGUAAAGGAACAAGUGUAGAGCACAUGGUUUGUGAGAAUUCACCCUGUCCCAAAGGAGUUUCCAGUUUUCGGGAUCAUCAGUGUCAAUCUCAUGACCGCAGUGUCAACAAGAAGAAAAACCUCCUUACAGCUGUAAUCAUGGAUGAUAAACCAUGUGAGCUGUACUGUACUCCCGUUGGCCGAGAUACCCCAAUGCUGGUGUCAGAUAGAGUCCUGGAUGGAACACCGUGUGGUCCUUAUGAGGCGGAUCUCUGCGUUCAUGGCAGGUGCCAGAAAAUCGGCUGUGAUGGGAUUAUCGGUUCAACUGCAAAAGAAGAUCGUUGUGGGGUCUGCAACGGUGAUGGCAAAACCUGCAAAGUUGUCAAAGGGGACUUCAACCACACCAAGGGGAUGGUCAGCAGUAGUCAUUGUAAGAAGGUUUCCACAUGUGUCAUGCCAAAGCCAAAGACCGUUCCCAAGUGUUUCACAUGUUAUAUUGAAGCAGCUAUCAUCCCCGCGGGAGCAAGGAGGAUUCGUGUAGUAGAAGAUAAGCCAGCACAUAGUUUUCUGGCUCUGAGAGACUCUGUUAAGAAGUCCAUUAACAGCGACUGGAAAAUUGAGCUACCUGGUGAGUUUCAAAUUGCAGGGACCACCAUCCGUUAUGUACGCCGGGGACUCUGGGAGAAGAUGUCUGCCAAGGGACCUACAAAAACUCCUUUGCAUCUGAUGGUCUUGCUUUUCCACGAUCAGAACUAUGGCAUUCAUUAUGAAUAUACCAUCCCAGUGAACCAGUCAACAGAGCAGAAGACUGAGGUGGAAAGACAACCAGAUCAUCUGUACAUGUGGACACACAGCAGUUGGGAGGGGUGCAGCGUACAGUGUGGAGGAGGUGAACGAAAGACUCUUGUGUCCUGCACAAAACUGGUGAACAAAACCAUGCUGAUUGUAAAUGACAGCAUGUGCCUUCACGUGCCACGUCCUGACCCACAGAUCCGGAAGUGCAACAUGCAUCCAUGCCAGUCAAGAUGGAUGACAGGUUCAUGGGGUCAGUGCUCAGCCACCUGCGAAAGAGGCUUUCAGCAGAGGGAAGUGUCCUGUGUAUUCCAGCUGCAGAAUGGCACUUAUGUCAACACCCGGGAUAUCUACUGCACAGGACCCAAACCAGAAACCAGACAGAUGUGUGAAGGUCAAGACUGCCUGUCUAUCUGGGAGGCUUCAGAGUGGUCAAAGUGCUCUUCUGACUGUGGCCGAGGCACCAAGAAGAGACGAAUAUCCUGCACCAAUACCAGGGGUAAAUGUGAUUCCACAACAAUGCCAAGAGAGGAGGAAGAAUGUGAGGACUACACUGGCUGCUAUGAGUGGAAGACUGGAGACUGGUCCAAAUGCUCCUCCACCUGUGGGAAAGGCUUGCAGUCUCGAGUGGUACAGUGUAUGCACAAGGUGACCGGCCGUCAUGGAAAUGAAUGUUCCUUCUUAUUCAAGCCAGUGGCCUACAGGCAAUGUCACCAAGAAGCCUGUAAUGAAAAAGUGAAUGCCAACACCAUCACAUCGCCCAGACUUGCUGCCCUGACUUACAAGUGUACAGGUGACCAAUGGACAGUCUACUGCAGGGUUAUUCGAGAAAAAAAUCUGUGCCAGGACAUGCGGUGGUACCAGCGCUGCUGCCAGACAUGCAGGGACUUCUACGCUACCCAACUGCAGCCACAAAGCUAGUGACCCACAGCGCUGAACCAAGCAUUGCAACACAGAACAGCAGUGCUACGAUACCAAACAAGACUUGAACACAAUGGUGCUGGGUGAUUGAUGCCAGGGGACCCAGGUUGUCAGAUCUGAAAUCAAAGAACAAGUGGCAGAUACACUGUAUACUGUCGAGUUUGUUCUCAAGCUUCAUUGGGUAUCUCUUGGAUCACGCUAAAUGACUUAAUCUGAAUUACGCAAACCUAUUCUCAGGCAAAUCAGGCAGGCUGGAGAAACUGUGAUGUAUUUUAAUGGUUUGCUCAAAAAUUGAAAAUGAGAUGCAAAAUGACAUUCUUUUCAUGGGUGCCAGUUGCACACUAGGUUAAUCUGCUGUGCUAAGAAAUCAACUGUAAAGUGGUGCUUGAUACAAAGCACUGGCCCGUACUAUGGUGCUUAGUGAGUACUGGAUAUUUGCACAAAUGGUGCAUACUGAUGACAACCUAUGUCUUUAACAAAAGCUACAUGUCUACAUCUACACCUUCACUAGUUAUUUUUUUUUGUCUGGGUAAAUUCACACCAUGAACAUUAGACAUAACAGUAAAUCCAUUAGGUUUUACUGUUGUAAAAUGUGAAUAUGGGGGACGCAACUUGCCGUUUACUGUGUAAUGUGCCAGAAGAGAGGGAUGUGUCUUCUAGAAUACACCACUCAUUUAUAGUUCUUUUCCUUGUAAUUUUUACUUUGAAACUAUAUGCUGGCAGAUUUUACAGUUUUGUAGCCUGUGAUAGGGUAGGCCAUCAAUAUGAGAUCGGCGGGGGUCCGACUCCCGACACCCCUGGCAAUCAGCUGUUUUAAGAGGCUACAGCAUUCCAGUAAGUGUUGCAGCCUCCUGGCAGCUUACCAAGUG